AUGAAAAAGAAGAGGGUGGUCGAGGACGAAUUGGAUGACAAGAACGAGCGGAUUGCCAUACUCGAGCAAAAAAUCAAGGAGCUCGAGAGCAAACUCAACAAGCAGAAUGACUCGAUUGAAGCCAUACUGCAGGAGCUCAAGACGCUCGAUGAGAAUAACUACUCAGCUGCCACCGACCCCGACUGA